AUGGGGAAUAUGAUGAGUCAGCAACACUUGGGAAAUGCAGCAUCAGAAGAAAGCCUUUUGCAUCAGCUGAGAGAUAUGUGGAAGAGUCCUAGGGGCACAGUGCUCCGAAUCGAGGCAUUAGCGUUGGUGGCCAUUGCUCUCUCUUUCUUCCUUGCUGCAUUUGGGUAUUGCCGCCGCUGGUCCAAGAGUUGGAUCAUCCAGCAGGGUUUCCUGGCUGCAAAUGCAUUGUUUCUGUCCCUCGGGACAUACAGCAUUGGCCUAAUGCAAUCUUCACGGGUGAAGAGCGAGAUGUACCCGAUAUGGGCGGUAUCCUUACUAGCUCUCCUUUGCUGCGUCGACUCAGCUGCUGCGUCUGGGCUCGACAACAAAAACCAGCUCUGGAAGAUGUUGUAUCAGCUUUGUCUCUACUUUGGAUAUGUCCUGCUAAUGAGCAUCACAACCAUCUCUAGCGAUAUUGGUAAUGUAGCCAUCUGUGUGUUAGCUGCCGUGACUUUCAUGAAGGGAUUUCAUAGGCCAAUGGCACUUGUUCUGCCAAGCUCUAUGCGGAACAUGAUCAGAGAGAUUCCGGCACAUAGGAGGAUUAGAAAAUGUUCUUUUGGAGAUGCUGAUGAAGAAAAAGGCUUAAUUGUUGAUAGGAAGCUUGACGUAAUUAUUGGAUAUCGUCGGGAGGUUGACAUGGGUGAUAUAGCUUCCAUGAGUUGCGAAGAAGGCAUUACUAAGAUUGUAGAAUCAGCCCUUGAUGCCUGCAAGGAUGCGUGCCUCUCCUUCUCUCUGUCUCAUUUGUUGCACCGGCGUUUCCUUGGGUUAAGCACCGGCAUUACACCAGCGGUGGCCGACGGCACAAAGCCCUUGGUUAAAAACUACGAGCGGGCCUACAAGGUGGCUGAGAUUGAGUUGGCUUUCCUCCAUUACUAUGAGGCGAAGAAUGCUAGCGUCUGGGCAUUUGCUUCGGUUGUCGGCAUAUGUUUCGUAGGGGCAGUGGCCGCCAUACCUGGCAUGAGGAUGACCCGCCGUGCUGCUCCUGCGGGCACCAUAUUUGUGAACACCACAACAGCGGACUAUGUUAUUACUGGAGUAAUACUGGUGUCUCUAGCUCUACUACAGGUGGUGCAGAUGCUACGCUGCUGGACCUCAAAUUGGUCCAGAGUUUCCUUUGCCCGUGAUUGGGUCAGCAAGACUCUGGACAAAAGUAAUCAUCAUAAAGUGAGCAAUAUAAAAGAAGAAAAGAGAAUUAAAGCCGACGAUGUGAGCUGGGGAAUGAGACUGAGAGCAUAUCUUCUCAAGAAAAAUUGGUAUGACGACAAAUACUACCUAUGGCAAAAUAAGCUCGGGCAACAUUCAGUGAUUGAAGAAUCCGGUUCCAUCAUGGUGGGUUUCUGGGGAUUUCUGGGUCACCACCGCUGCCAUCAGGUAUUCUACAAUCGGAUAUUCUGUUGCGGAUUUCUGGUGAAUUUUUGCGGCUGUAUUCCUUUCUGCACACAAAUGAUGGCGGUGUGCUUAUUCCUGGAGCAAAUUAUCGGGAAAUGUUGUUCGCAUCUAAAGUCCCUUGUAAAGAGGUGUCCCCGUGAUGGCGGAUUUCUGCAGUACAUAAGACGAGAGCUCCAGGAAAUGUUGAAGGGCGGCUCCAGGAGUCCCCGUGACCUGCACUGCGAUGUGAAAACAUCCAUUGGUUGUUUUAUUCUUGACAAGAUGAGGUCCGAUGAAGUGAGUGGCUGGGCAUCCUCCGAAGAGGAAAAUAGACAAAGAGGUUGCCAGCUUCCAGACUUCUCUGUCAAGGUAGCUGUUAAGCCAUCGUCUUGUAUUCUCAUGUGGCACAUUGCAACAUGCUACUGUGAACUGCACGACCAAGUUCAUGUUGUAGACGAAGACAACAAGGAUCGUGGCGUGGCCACGGCUCUGUCCAAAUACUGUGCAUACUUGGUGGCUUCAGCACCGCGCUUACUCCCUGGCCGCUUCGAGACUACAAAAUGGGUAUACGCUCAAGUUAGGGAAGUGGUGAUUAGCUGGACGACCGGAACAGGAGACAAGUUACGGGCAAUGGACAGUUGCAACACGGAUGAUAUUACACUUAAUCCAUCUGAGGGUGUUGGAUACUGGGUCUAUGCCCUGGGUGUGAAGCUUGGGAAGGGACUAACUAACAAAGAAAUGGCUCCAGCUGAUCGGUGGAAGUUGCUGGUAGAUUUCUGGGUGAAGGCAUUGGUGUACGCCGCGCCAUCGGACGACGUGGAGGAGCACAUGCAGUACCUCUCGCAAGGUGGCGAGCUCAUCACCCAUCUCUGGGCGAUGCUCUAUCAUGCCGGCAUCCAGAAGUGGCAGCUGAACCCGCCUGCACAAGACUGCAAGAUGGGGUGGGAUUACAUCUUUAGGAUUCGCUCCUGGAAUGACCUCGCGCAUCACAUGGUACGUAUGUACUAG